AUGGCUCCGCUCGGCCCCGCAGCGCCGUCCAGCCACGGCCCCGAGAGCGGCGCCACCCGGAAGGCGGCCGAGCUGCGCAAGAGCCUGAAGCCGCUGAUGGAGAAGCGCCGCCGCGCGCGCAUCAACGACAGCCUCGGGCAGCUCAAGGCGCUCAUCCUGCCGCUCAUCGGCAAAGACGGCUCUUGCUGUUCCAAGCUGGAGAAGGCUGAUAUCCUGGAGAUGACUGUCCAGUUCCUUAAGGAGCUUCCACCCACCUGUGUGUCUGUCGCCGGUGCUUCCGACAGCUACUGUGAAGGUUACCGGGCCUGCCUGUCCCGCGUCGCUGCCCUCCUGCCUGAGUGCCCCCUCCUGAGCCGAGACAUCUGCAGAGGCCUGCUGGCGCAUCUUCAGCAGCUCAGCAAAGACCGUGGCGGCUGCUCUCGCGAAGUCCCCCACCCCAGGGGCUUUCCCCCGUCCCCCAGAGGGGCCCCGGAAGCCUCCUCUGCACCCUCUCCCCUGGCCCAUCCACCAACCCUCUGGAGGCCCUGGUAG